UAUAAAAGUGCCAGUGCGGGAGGUUUGUCCACAUACCAUCUGACAACAUGAAGGUCCUGCUUCUCACUUUGCUGCUCCUGCUGUGCAGCACUCAAGUGCUCACACUCAGAUGCUACACCUGUGAAGGUGACGACCGCUGUAAGACGGAGACAGAUUGCCCGCCAUCAGCUCAGUACUGCCAGACCAAGACCAACGGUGACGAACUUUCUCGAACUUGUGAGGAAUUCUGUGCCGAAGACUAUUCCACAAAAUGCUGCCAAAGCGACCUUUGCUGAGCCUGAGUCAUCCCUCAGCGUUCACUUUCACUUUCUGAUUAAUGAAAAUAGUAAAUGAAAAAGUAAUUACUUAAAUCUAAAUCUGAUGGAAGAUGAUUUGUUAGAUUAUAAGAUUUUAAUGUGAUUUUCCUGUCUUUGAUUUAUUUUAUUUUCAAUGAAAUCUACAAAUGUUUAAUUAUUUAGUCUCAUCUCAUCUUCUGAAACUGCGCAACACACUGGUAGUAGCAGCUAUGUUUUGAACUAGUACUGGUGCCAAGGAAACCACACACACACACACACACACACACACACUUAAUCCCUUUCUGAUGUCACUUAGUGGGUCACUGCCAACAGCCUAGUGCUAUGUGGGUCGCUCUCUGUUUCUGCUGAUGUGUAAAGUUGGACUCGUGGGAGUCAUCUGUUUCAAAAUCAUUAAAUGGAAUAAUAAUAAAUCUUUUAAUUGAUCUCA